AUGUCGAAACAAGUUCCAGCGGAACCUGAUAUUGAAAAUCUUCAGAAAGCCAAGUUAAGUGAUAACUUUACCCUGUCUCUUAGCGCUGAGUUGCUUUCAAGCAAUCCCCAGCAAGGUGUAAUUUUACCAUCUUCAGGAUUAAGUCAUUUACACUUGGCUGCAUACUAUGAUCAAUUAGAAGUUUAUUGCUAUAUAGAAAAGAACUCAAAUUUAUCAUUCGACACUGGUUCAAUUCCAAUUUUUUCAUAUGCUUGUUUGGGAGGUGCUGUUGAAGUAGCUUCUUAUGUAAUUGAAAAAUGUAAACGCAAUCCAGAUCUCAUGCAAAGACUACAAAAGAUGUAUUUAGAUGAUUACAAGCGUAAUGAUGAUACAAAUUUCAUUAUCUUGGCCACUCAUGCUUCAUCGACUGAAAUUAUUCGCUUAUUGAUUGAUUCUAGCUAUGGAUUUAUCAACAAUAAGCCAAUCAUUCUAAAUAAAUUAGCAAAUAUCGCACUGACAAAAGCAAUUAAAAAAAGUUCAAUAGAAUGCAUUACCCUUUUACUCUCAUACAUAAAUCAAGAUUCUACAACCUUAUCACCUAUCGAAAUUGCUGCAAAGAAUGAAAAAAGCGAAGCUAUUCCAUUAUUAUUGGAAACUAAGCCUAGUAACAAUGAACUUGUUGGCGCUCUUUAUUAUGCAUGCAUUUAUGAUAACGAAAACAUUGUAUCUCUUUUAGUUCCCCAUAUUAAAACUCUUGUUUCAAAUGAUAAUCAAAAACCACCGAUUGUUCACUGGAUUUUCCAUACCUGCAACCCUAAUAUUGCUGAAAAGAUGCUCAAAUUCGAUAUAAACGUCAAUGAAAAGAAAAAUAAAAAAUUUAGAGGAAUUUCUGCCAUGUCAAAGUACUCUAAAGACAUUAUUCCAUUCUUACAAAUACUUUACAAUGCUGGAUACAACUUUAAUGAUCCAGAUGACCCUGCUCUUGGUUAUAUUUUGAUUUCUCUUAUUUAUGCGCCAUAUAAGCACCCAGAAAUCGUUGAGUGGUUCUUCAAAACAUGCAUUACUAAUAAAGAUUUGGAUGUUCUCAUUACUUCAUCGAGAAUUGACAUGUCUGUAUUAACUUUACGAGAAAAGCUUAACAAACUCAGACAGAGAUAUGUCAAAAUUGAUGAAAUUUGUAAGAAAUAUGGAAUUACAACUCAACCUGUUUGA